CCGGCGCAGCGCCCGCAGGACCCCGGCACCUACCCAUGCCUAGGUGAGUUCGCGUGAGCCGCCGCCGCCGCCGUCCCGUCCCCGCCGCCGCCCCGCGCGGCCCCGCCGCAGGCCAGGAUGCUGGAGGAAGCAGGAGAGGUGCUGGAGAACAUGCUGAAGGCGUCGUGCCUGCCGCUCGGCUUCAUCGUCUUCCUGCCCGCCGUGCUGCUGCUCGUGGCGCCGCCGCUGCCCGCCGCCGACGCGGCUCACGAGUUCACCGUGUAUCGCAUGCAGCAGUACGACCUGCAGGGACAGCCCUACGGCACGCGGAACGCGGUGCUGAACACGGAGGCGCGCACCAUUGACGCGGACGUGCUGAGCCGGCGCUGCGUGCUCAUGCGGCUGCUGGACUUCUCGUACGAGCGCUACCAGCGCGCCCUACGCCAGUCGGCCGGUGCCGUGGUCAUCAUCCUGCCGCGGGCCAUGGCCGCGGUGCCGCAGGACGUCAUCCGGCAAUUCAUGGAGAUCGAGCCCGAGAUGCUGGCCAUGGAGACCAUCGUGCCUGUGUACUUCGCCGUGGAGGACGACGCCCUGCUGUCCAUCUACGAGCAGACGCAGGCUGCGUCCGCCUCCCAGGGCUCCGCCUCUGCCGCUGAAGGGUUCGGAAGAAGUUGCGGACAUACUACGGUUCCUGAGAGGCACCCUCCCAGCUCCCCCAGUGAUGACACCUCCCAUGGCCAUCACGAUUGGGUGCUGCUCCACACCGCCACCGCCAACGGCUUCCAGAUGGUCACCAGCGGGGUCCAGAGCAAGGCCGUGAGCGACUGGCUCAUCACCAGCGUGGAGGGGCGGCUGACCGGGCUGGGCGGAGAGGACCUGCCCACCAUCGUCAUCGUGGCCCACUACGACGCCUUCGGGGUGGCCCCGUGGCUGUCGCACGGCGCGGACUCCAAUGGGAGUGGCAUCUCCGUGCUUCUGGAGCUCACCCGUCUCUUCUCCAGGCUCUAUACCUACAAGCGCACCCACGCCGCGUACAACCUCCUGUUCUUUGCUUCUGGAGGAGGAAAGUUCAACUACCAGGGCACCAAGCGCUGGUUAGAAGACAAUCUGGACCACACAGAUUCCAGCCUGCUCCAGGACAACGUGGCCUUCGUCCUCUGCCUGGACACCCUGGGCCGGGGGGACAGCCUGCACCUGCACGUGUCCAAGCCGCCCAGGGAGGGGACGCUACAGCACUCCUUCCUGCGGGAGCUCGAGACGGUAGGCGCCCCGCCGGAGGCCAGGCUGGGACAUGGGAUCUUUGCGCACCCUGGGGCCUCGGGUGAGCCUCAGGUGGCCGCCCACCAGUUCCCCGAGGUGCGGUUCUCCAUGGUGCACAAGAAGAUCAACCUGGCGGAGGACAUCCUGGCCUGGGAGCAUGAGCGCUUCGCCAUCCGCCGGCUGCCUGCCUUCACCCUGUCCCAUCUGGAGAGCCACCGCGAUGGCCAGCGCAGCAGCAUCAUGGACGUGCGGUCCCGGGUUGACUCUAAAACCCUGACCCGAAACACGAGGCUCAUCGCCGAGGCCCUGACCCGUGUCAUCUACAACCUGACGGAGAAGGGGACGCCCCCGGACAUGCCAGUCUUCACGGAGCAGAUGCAGAUCCAGCAGGAGCAGCUGGACUCGGUGAUGGACUGGCUGACCACCCAGCCGCGGGCCGCGCAGCUGGUGGGCAAGGACGGCCCGCUCCUCAGCACGCUGGAGCGCUACCUCAGCCACUACCUGAAGGAGGUCAGGCCGCACCACGUGAAGGCCGACAAGCGGGACCCUGAGUUUGUCUUCUACGACCAGCUGAAGCAGGUGAUGAACGCCUACAGGGUCAAGCCGGCCAUCUUCGACCUGCUUCUGGCCGUCUGCAUCGGCGCCUACCUCGGGAUGGCCUACACGGCGGUCCAGCACUUCGACCUCCUGUACAAAACAGUUCAGAGACUGCUGAAGGCCAAGACGCAGUGACACGGCCGCUCCGCGCCGGCGGGAGGGCAGGGCCUUGCCCCUCGGCGGCUGUAACCCUGAAUUACAGAACUUUUCUGUGUUGCUCUUGAGGAUUUGGGGGCUUCUUUCUCUUGUUGAUCCUUGGAGCUCCCUCGGAGGAGCGCUGGUGGAGGUCUGGUCUGGGGCCUGGCCGCGGACUCUGGGACAGAAGUGUGGAUGAGCCCCCGCCCUGGAGUCGGCUCCGUGGCCCUCAGGGCGCGUAAGCCACGCCAGGAAAGAGGAACUGCGCCCAGCUCAGCCUCGCCCUCACCCCCGCCCGUGAUGCUGGCCCGUGAUGCUGACCGUGGACCUGGCGGUCGCAGGCCAACAGGGUCAGGGCCAGGCCACCCCCGUGCUGGCUCUGCGUCUGACCUCGAGGCUAUCCCCACCCCCUCCGUCGACCCGGGUACUCCCUUCCCUCCCGUCUGGAGAGGGUGGCGCCGCCUCUGGGUCUCCGGGUUCUGGCCGCCCCCUCGCAGCCUUGUGCCCUCACCCAGCCGGCCCUGGGACGCGACUCCCCUGAGCCCGCUUGGGCGGCUGGCGCCUUGAACACCUGGCAGCCUCCCCAGGGGCCCUUGUGCUGCUCACCCUGCUUCGCACUGCCUCUGCCCCUCCUGUCCCCGCCCCGGACUCUCGGGGCUCUGCGCUCAGCCUGUCCCCCUGCGGAGCCCCCAGGGCGGGGGGCGGCCCCUUUGCUCAUUUCCCUGGACCUUGGUUUCCUCAUAUGCAAGGAGGAGGAUGCUUUCGGGGGGAGUGGGCACCCCCCCCCCACCCCAGGAGGAGACGUGACCAUGGGAGCAGCUCUUCCUGGGACCCUGAGGGGGCGGGUCCGGGCCUGAGCCCUGCAAACCAGGUGCCUGGUGGGGCCUGAGCCGCUCAGAAGGGGUGGAGGGGGCAGGGCUGGGACUGACCUCAGGGAGACCCAGGUGUUCAGAUUCAUUAGCAAUACAGUCAGUGAAGUGUUGAGUGCUGGGGCGUCAGGGUCCAGGAGAGGGGACUCCAGGGGCCUCCUGGCCACCAGGGAGGGCUCGCCUGCCUUCCGGUUCUGAGGGACCUGGAGGGGCUGGGGACUGGCUCACUCCCAAAGCCGCCCGAUGCUCACUGGAGGGAACGGGCUCCUGGGGGCGCCUGGCUCGGCUGACCGUCCCGUCAGGCCUGGGAUGGGCAGGCGUGGAGGCUGCAGGUCCUCUCUCUCGUACCUCCCUCUCCCUGCCCGGUGGCCCGUCUCCCCCAAAGACUGUUUACCGAGUGCCCGGCCACCUCUGGGGCGGGUAUGGGCCCGGCCCCGCCCGGCCCAUCCUAUCAUUCCCCACGUGUGAGUGUGUGAGCCGUGGACGAGCUGUGGUUGCCGCGUGAGCGUCCUUCCUCCCCAGGGCACAUGGUCAGGAUCGCUGACCAGUUGGAGCUCAGGAUGUUUGUGGGACGCGGCCGGACGAUCAGAAAUAAAGCCAUAAUGAAUGACA